UAGUCGAGUCGUUUGUGCGUGACUGCAGAGCGAGCCUCAUACUUUCUAUCGAUAAUUGCUAUUCCGACCGUAUCUCGGCACCCGAUAGUGCAUUAAAGAUUAGUUGGAAAGUUGAGUUGACGCAUCCACCAUGGAGCAGAUCCCACCGCCCAAGGAGGUGAAGAUCCUCGAAACGGCCGAGGACAUCCAGGAGCGCCGUGAACAGGUGCUCAACCGCUAUGAAGAUUUCAAGCAAGAGGCGCGCGCCAAGCGUGAGAAGCUGGAAGACUCCAGGCGCUUCCAGUAUUUCAAGCGUGACGCCGAUGAGCUGGAGUCUUGGAUCCAGGAGAAGCUGCAGGCGGCUAGCGACGAGAGCUAUAAAGAUCCCACCAACCUACAGGCCAAGAUCCAGAAGCACCAAGCCUUCGAAGCCGAAGUGGCAGCUCACUCAAACGCGAUCGUCGUCCUCGACAACACCGGCAGCGAGAUGAUCACCAGCAACCACUUCGCCUCCGAGACUAUCAGGCGGCGCUUGGACGAACUUCACCGCCUGUGGGAGCUGCUGCUGUCCAGGCUGGCCGAGAAAGGCAUGAAGUUGCAGCAGGCGUUGGUGCUCGUUCAGUUCUUGAGGCACUGCGAUGAGGUCAUGUUCUGGAUCCAUGACAAGGAAACGUUCGUAAACGCCGAAGAGUUCGGCUCUGACCUGGAGCACGUCGAGGUCCUGCAGCGCAAGUUCGACGAGUUCCAGAAGGACAUGGCCGCCCAGGAGUACCGCGUGACCGAAGUUAACCAGCUGGCCGAGCGGCUCGUGCUCGAGGGCCACCCCGAGCGGGAGACCAUCGUCAAGCGCAAGGAUGAACUCAACGAAGCCUGGCAGCGGCUCCGUCAAAUGGCGCUCAUGCGUCAGGAGCGUCUGUUCGGCGCGCACGAGAUCCAGCGUUUCAACCGCGACGCCGAUGAGACCAUCGCCUGGAUCUCUGAGAAGGAUGUGGUUCUGGGGUCAGAUGACUAUGGCAGGGACCUGGCCACCGUCCAGACUUUACAGCGCAAGCACGAAGGCGUUGAGCGUGACCUGGCGGCUCUGGAAGACAAGGUGUCGACUCUAGAUGGCGAGGCAGCUCGCCUGGCCGCCAUUCAUACUGACCACGCGUCCGCCAUCCACGCCAAGCGAGACGAGAUCACCGCCGCUUGGCAGAAGCUUGUACACAAGGCCAAGGAGCGCAGAAGCGAGCUGGAGUCCUCCCACGCCCUGCACCGUUUUCUCGCCGACUACAGGGACCUUGUGUCGUGGGUCAGCGACAUCCGCGCUCUCAUCGCCGCCGAUGACCUCGCCAAGGACGUGCCCGGGGCUGAGGCUUUGCUAGAACGCCACCAGGAGCAUAAGGGUGAGAUGGACGCGCGCGAAGACGUGAUCCGCGCGUGCGCGACCGCCGGACAGGCGCUCGUGGACAGCGGCCACCGCGCCUCCUCCGAGGUGUCCGCGGCGCUGGAGGCUCUCGAGCGCGAGAGCAGUGCGUUACAACAGCUGUGGGAGCAGCGCCGCGUGCUGUACCUGCAGUGCAUGGAUCUGCAGCUCUUCUACCGCGACACCGAGCAGGCCGACGCCUGGAUGCACAAGCAAGAGGCUUUCCUCGCCAACGAGGACGUCGGUGACUCCCUAGACUCCGUAGAAGCCUUGCUGAAGAAGCACGAAGACUUCGAGAAGUCCCUCGCCGCCCAGGAGGAGAAGAUCAAGGCUUUGGACGAGUUCGCGUCCAAGCUCAUCGAGGGACAACACUACGCCGCCGAUGACGUCGCUCAGAGGAGGGAGAUGCUUCUGGAGCGUCGCGCAGCCUUGUUCGAAAAGUCGAACCAACGUCGCGAGCUGCUGGAGGACGCUUACAAGUACCAGCAGUUUGAGAGAGAUUGCGACGAGACCAAGGGUUGGAUCAACGAGAAGCUCAAGUUCGCCACCGAUGACUCCUACCUAGACCCGACCAACCUCAACGGCAAGGUGCAGAAACACCAGAACUUCGAACAGGAGCUCCAGGCUAACAAACCCAGAGUAGAUGAGAUCACCGCCGUGGGACGCGACCUGUUGGAGCAGGAGCAUUUCGCUAAGCCUCAAAUCGAGUCCCGCCUCGGCGAGCUAGGGUUAUGGGAGCGCUUGGCUGCCGCAUCCGAGCUCAAGGGCAGCAAGCUGCAAGAAGCGUCUCAGCAGCAGCAAUACAACCGCGCCGUGGAAGAUAUCGAACUCUGGCUCUCUGAAGUGGAAGGCCAACUUCUUAGCGAAGACUACGGCAAGGACUUGACCAGCGUGCAGAACCUCCAAAAGAAGCACGCUCUCCUAGAAGCCGAUGUGGGCUCGCACGCCGAACGCAUCGACGCCAUCCGCACGCAAGCAGAGCAGUUCAUCGAGAAGGGACACUUUGACGCCGACAACAUCAAGGCUAAGAGGGAUGGUCUGGUAGCGCGCUACACGGCCCUAGACAAGCCGAUGGCUGUCCGCAAGCGCCGCCUGCUCGACUCCCUGCAGGCGCAGCAACUGUUCCGCGAUUUGGACGACGAGGCCGCGUGGAUCCGCGAGAAGGAGCCCAUCAUCGCCUCCACCAACCGAGGCCGUGACCUCAUCGGUGUCCAGAAUCUCAUGAAGAAGCACCAGGCUGUCAUGGGCGAGAUGGCUCAACACGAAACUCGCGUCGAAGCCGUGCGGGCCGCGGGCGCCGCGCUCCGGGAUGCCGGGCAUUUCGCCGCUGACGAAAUCGGAGCCAGGCUGCAGCAGCUGCAUCAGCAGUGGACUCAGCUGCAGGAGAAGGCUCUCCAGCGCAAGCAAGAUCUGGAGGAUUCUCUCCAAGCCCAACAGUACUUCGCCGACGCCAACGAAGCCGAAUCCUGGAUGCGUGAGAAGGAACCGAUGGCCAACACCCAGGACUACGGGAAAGAUGAGGACUCCUCUGAGGCUCUGCUGAAGAAACAUGAGGCUCUUCUAUCCGAUCUUGAGGCGUUCGGGAACACUAUCAAGAGUUUGAGGGAACAAGCCAACUCUUGCAGGCAACAAGAGUCUCCCGUCGUGGACGUAUCAGGCAAGGAAUGCGUGGUCGCCCUAUACGACUACGCCGAGAAGAGUCCGCGCGAGGUCUCCAUGAAGCGCGGCGAUGUGCUCACCCUACUCAACUCCAACAACAAGGAUUGGUGGAAGGUGGAAGUCAACGACCGCCAGGGCUUCGUACCUGCCGCCUACGUGAAGAAGAUAGACGCGGGCCUGUCCUCGUCCCAGCAGAACCUAGCCGACUCCAGCUCCAUCGCGGCCCGGCAGAACCAGAUCGAGGGCCAAUAUGACAACCUGUUGGGUCUGGCGCGCGAGCGUCAGAACAAGCUCAACGAGACCGUCAAGGCGUACGUCCUCGUCCGCGAGGCUGCUGAGCUCGCCACCUGGAUCAAGGACAAGGAAAUGCACGCGCAAGUCCAAGACGUCGGCGAGGACCUGGAGCAGGUCGAAGUCAUGCAGAAGAAGUUCGACGACUUCCAGAACGACCUGCGCGCCAACGAGGUCCGCCUCGCCGAGAUGAACGAGAUCGCCGUCCAGCUGAUGACUGUCGGACAGACUGAGGCUGCGCUCAAGAUCAAGACUCAGAUGCAGGAGCUGAACUCCAAAUGGACAUCUCUCCAACAACUGACAUCUGAGCGCGCGGCCCAGCUCGGAUCCGCCCACGAAGUGCAGCGUUUCCACCGCGACGUGGACGAGACCAAGGACUGGAUCGCCGAGAAGGAGGCCGCCCUCGCUACCGACGACCUCGGCAAGGACCUGCGCUCCGUGCAGACGCUGCAACGCAAGCAUGAGGGCCUGGAGCGCGACCUGGCCGCUCUCGGCGACAAGAUCCGCUCGCUCGACGAGACCGCCAACCGGCUGAUGUCGACCCACGGUGACUCAGCUGACGCUACCUACAGCAAGCAACGCGAGAUCAACGAAGCCUGGCAGCAGCUGCAGGCGCGCGCCAACGCUCGCAAGGAGAAGCUGCUCGACUCUUACGACCUGCAGCGAUUCCUCUCUGACUACCGCGACCUGAUGGCGUGGAUCAACUCGAUGAUGGCGCUCGUCAGCUCGGACGAGCUGGCCAAUGACGUCACCGGCGCCGAGGCGUUGCUCGAGAGACACCAGACUCACCGGCUGGAGAUAGACGCGCGAUACGGCAUAAUGCCGCAGGAGCACCGUACCGAGAUGGACGCCCGCGCCGGAACCUUCCAGGCGCUCGAGCUGUUCGGUCAACAGCUGCUGCAGGGCGGACACUACGCCAGCGUCGACAUCCAGGAGAAGCUCAACAACAUGGGCGACGCGCGCCAGGACCUGGAGAAGGCGUGGGUAGCUCGCCGCAUGAAGCUCGACCAGAAUCUGGAACUCCAGCUCUUCUACCGCGACUGCGAGCAGGCUGAAGGCUGGAUGGGAGCCCGCGAGGCGUUCCUCGCUCCGGCCGACCAGAUGGACCAGGCCGACAGCGCGCAGCCCGACAACGUUGAGCAGCUCAUCAAGAAGCACGAGGACUUCGACAAGGCCAUCAACGCUCACGAAGAGAAGAUCGCCCAACUACAAACGCUGGCCGAUCAGCUGAUAGCGUCCGACCACUACGCCGCCGACCCGAUCGACAAGAAGCGUCGCCAGGUUCUCGACCGCUGGCGCCACCUCAAGGAGGCGCUCAUUGAGAAGAGAUCCAGGUUGGGCGACGAGCAGACGCUGCAGCAGUUCUCUCGCGACGCCGACGAGAUGGAGAACUGGAUCGCCGAGAAACUGCAGCUCGCCACCGAAGAGAGCUACAAGGACCCGGCCAACAUCCAAUCGAAGCACCAGAAGCAUCAGGCGUUCGAGGCCGAGCUGGCCGCCAACGCCGAGAGGAUUCAGUCCGUGCUCGCCAUGGGAGACAACCUCGUGCAGCGCGGCCAGUGCAGUGGCAGCGAGGACGCUGUGCAGGCACGCCUGGCGUCCAUCGCGGACCAAUGGAUGUUCCUGACGCAGAAGACGACCGAAAAGUCGCUGAAGCUGAAGGAGGCCAACAAGCAGAGGACCUACAUCGCCGCCGUCAAGGACCUCGACUUCUGGCUCGGAGAGGUUGAGAGCCUUCUGACCUCCGAGGAUUCCGGCAAGGAUCUGGCCUCCGUCCAGAACCUGAUGAAGAAGCACCAGCUCGUCGAGGCGGACAUCCAGGCUCACGAGGACAGGAUCAACGAUAUGAACGCGCAAGCCGACGCGCUGGUAUCCAGCGGUCAGUUCGACAGCGCCGGUAUCGGCUCUCGCCGCAGCGCCAUCAACGAACGUUUCGAACGCGUCCGGAACCUGGCCGCGCACCGCCGCGCCCGCCUGCACGAAGCCAACACCCUGCACCAGUUCUUCAGGGACAUCGCUGAUGAGGAGUCGUGGAUCAAAGAAAAGAAGCUCCUGGUGGCGUCAGACGACUACGGCCGCGACCUGACCGGCGUCCAGAACCUGCUGAAGAAGCACAAGCGGCUGGAGGCCGAGCUGGCGAGCCACGAGCCCGCCAUCCAGGCCGUGCAGGAGGCCGGCGAGAAGCUCAUGGACGUGUCCAACCUCGGCGUGCCCGAGAUCGAGCAGCGGCUCAAGGCGCUCGCUCUCGCGUGGUCGGAGCUGCAAGCGCUGGCGGACGAGCGCGGCGCCAAGCUGCAGCAGUCGCUGGCCUACCAGCAGUUCCUCGCCAAGGUCGACGAGGAGGAAGCUUGGAUCAGCGAGAAGCAGCAGCUGGUGGUGGUUGGAGACUGCGGCGACAGCAUGGCGGCCGUGCAAGGCCUCCUCAAGAAGCACGAGGCGCUCGAGGCCGAGCUUGCCUCGCGAGGCGAACGCGUGCGCGACCUGGCCGCCGAGGGCGAGCGCCUGCUAGCUGCUGGCAACUUGCACUCUGACGCUUUACAGCACCGCAUCCGCGCGCUACAGGCCAAACUGGAGAAGCUGACCAGCCUAGCCGCGCGCCGCAAGGCGGCCCUCGUGGACAACUCGGCGUACCUGCAGCUGCUGUGGAAGGCCGACGUGGUGGAGUCGUGGAUCGCGGACAAGGAGACGCACGUGCGCUCCGACGAGUUCGGCCGCGACCUCUCCACCGUGCAGACGCUGCUCACCAAGCAGGACACCUUCGACGCCGGCCUUGCCGCUUUCGAGCACGAGGGCAUCCAGAACAUCACCUCCCUCAAGGAGCAGCUAGUGGCCGCCAACCACGAGCAAACCCCGGCCAUCGUCAAACGCCACCAGGAUGUUAUUUCCCGCUGGCAGCAGCUGCUCGCCGACUCCGCGGCCCGCAAGCAGCGUUUACUGGAACUGCAGGACCAGUUCCGCCAGAUCGAGGAGUUGUACCUCACAUUCGCGAAAAAGGCAUCGGCAUUCAACUCGUGGUUCGAGAACGCCGAAGAGGACCUGACUGACCCGGUGCGCUGCAACUCCAUCGAAGAAAUCCGCGCGCUGCGCGACGCACACGCGCAGUUCCAGGCGUCACUCUCGUCCGCCCAAAGCGACUUCGAAGCGCUGGCGGCGCUCGACGAGCAAAUCAAGUCGUUCAACGUUGGCGCCAACCCCUACACCUGGUUCACCAUGGAGGCCUUGGAGGAAACCUGGCGCAACCUGCGCAAGAUCAUAGCUGAGCGCGACAUCGAACUAACCAAGGAGGCCCAACGCCAGGAGGAGAACGACAAGCUCCGCAAGGAGUUUGCCAAGCACGCCAACGCUUUCCACCAGUGGCUCACCGAGACCCGCACAUCGAUGAUGGAGGGCACCGGGUCGCUCGAGCAGCAGCUGGCCACGCUGCGCCAGCGCGCCGGCGAGGUGCGCGCGCGACGCGCCGACCUGCGCCGUCUCGAGGAACUGGGUGCGGCGCUUGAGGAGCACCUGAUCCUGGACAACCGUUACACGGAGCACAGCACCGUGGGGCUCGCCCAGCAGUGGGACCAGCUCGACCAGCUGUCCAUGCGCAUGCAGCACAACCUGGAGCAACAGAUACAGGCCAGGAACCACUCAGGCGUGAGCGAGGACGCUCUGAAGGAGUUCUCGAUGAUGUUCAAGCACUUCGACAAGGACCGCUCCGGGCGCCUGAACCACCACGAGUUCAAGUCGUGCCUGCGCGCGCUCGGCUACGACCUGCCCAUGGUGGAGGAGGGCCAGCCCGACCCCGAGUUCGAGGCUAUACUCAACGUGGUGGACCCGAACCGCGACGGGCAGGUGUCCCUCCAGGAGUACAUGGCGUUCAUGAUCAGCAAGGAGACGGAGAACGUGCACUCCUCGGAGGAGAUCGAGAACGCCUUCCGCGCCAUCACCGCGCACCAGGACCGCGCCUACGUCACCAAGGACGAGCUGUACGCGAACCUGACGAAGGAGAUGGCGGAUUACUGCGUAGCUCGCAUGAAGCCCUACGUGGAACAGAAGACGGAGCGCCCCAUCCCCAACGCGCUCGACUACAUCGACUUCACACGCACGCUCUUCCAGAACUAAACGCCCGCCUCACUGCAGUACUAACUUAUUAAACUAUACACACACAACACUGUUCAUUUUAUAUGUCUCAACCUCCUUUACAGCUUGCCGAAAAGUAGUAGAAAUCGAAUCAUAGUUUUUUUGUUUAUCGAUAUAUUAUUAUCCUAAUUAAAACAUGAAAAUUGUUUUAUGUCGGGUUUAUUUUCAUUGACAUAUCGGGUAGAUCUUGCGCGAAGAUGCGCGCAGUAGCUACAAUAACAGUUACAUUCUAAUAUACUCGUAAGUGACUAUUGAGACAUGCAAAACGGUUUGUACACAGACCGUGGCGCCCCUCUUCUACUAUUUUUUGCCAGACUGUAUGUUGUGCGAUUCUGGCAGGUCUUAGUUGGCUAAGACAGUGCCUGGAUUGAUAAAUGUUAGUUUUUGUAACUUUUAUAGUGGUGCUUUGAUUGGGCCUGGCUUAGAUCUUACGCCAAUGCCUUUCAAAGCUUUUCACUAAUUGAUAAGGAACUAUUUUUAACACUUAACUGUCCACGCUUGCACUAUUCGCAUGUCUUAGAUACGUUCGUGCAUGAGUAAUGCAGGUAAUGCAGGAGUGUAUAGAGCAAUCCAUUUCUAAAGUCACCAAUUUGAUGAUGCAUUAUAUGUGAUGCUUGGACAGUUAGUGUUAAAUGUCUUUUAGGCAUUUGUUAUGGCCUCUCCUGUCAUAACUCAUAACAUGACUCGUUUCCACUUUUUACUUCUAAAUAUUCUCCCAUAACUCAUUAGUAGUUAUUAAAACUAAGAAAUAUAUAGUAUUAAAGGAUUUUGACGAUGUUAUUCCAUUCAAAAGUUAGUUGGAAACGAGUCAAGUAUUGAUGAAAAAUGAAUAAUCUUUAAAAGUUUAGUACUGCACGGAGCGUGAUCUGAUCAGCACUCAUAUAUUCCAGUAUAAGAAACAAAAAGGCAUUUAAAUUUUAAAUAGUUGUGUUGCUCUGAGGCUGUAUAGUGCAACGCUCUCAGCGUUCCGUGUGUCGCUUUGUAGUGCUUACCGCUAGGUAACUAUUGUACGGACUGAUUUGCGUGGAUUUCAUCAUGCUGUCUUUUCAAAUUAAGCUUGAGUGAAGUACAAAUAAAAAUUAAGUCUGCCUGUUUACUGCUGAGAUUUAGUUGACCGUCUUUAGUAACAAUGAUUGUUGAUAUUGUAAAAUUUGUGACGUAGAUUUUAUGUAAAGUUUUUUUUUCUGUUACAAAAUAACAGGUGAGACAAGUUAUGAUAUAUCUUUUUUAGUGAUGAUCAGUCCCUACUCGACUAAGGGAUGUCGUUCCUUCUCUCUGAACUAGCAGAGAGAUAAGAAAUCUCCCCUUCUCACUUAUCAGCUCUUUAGUUAGCAACUAGGUGCCUCGAUACGACAAAGUAUUUAAAUUAUUACUAUUCUUAAGGCUAACAAAUGUUUAUUCUCGCUAAGAACUUUAUUUUCUGUAUUCCAUUUAUUAACAAUCAAUAAAUAUUUAUUUCCAAUUUUUAUCUAAA